AGCUAGUUUUGCCCACAUUAUCUCUAAAUCCUUGAUCCACGACUGAUCAAAAAUCCCACACGCUUCACCCAUAGAAACUUGCGGAGUAUUUUCUAGAUAGGAUCGGAGUGAAUCGAAAAAGGUGAAAAAAAGGAGACGAGGAAAAGAUGUAUACAAUGAAGACGAUCGAGCACCGUAGCAUUUACUCAACCCAGACGACUUGUAAAGAACGGUAAAUCGGUAAUAACCAUCAAACAAAUCCCCCUUCUCUUUAUAAAUUCCUGCUUUCAUAUUUAAGUUCGAUCAUCAGUCCAGUCUUAGCUUCGAUACAGUAUCUUCUUAGCUCGAUCAGAUAAUAAUAAUGGCUAUGGAGAUGUUUCAGAAUGCCAAGGUGGUGCGGCUGAGGAGCCACCUGAACAAGUACUUGGUGGCGGACGAGGAUGGGCAGCAAACCCGACAGAGCAGGACUGGCGGCGCGUCGAGGAGCGCCAGGUGGAGCGUGGAGGCCGUGGAGGGCAACGCCAACGCCGUCCGCCUCAAGAGCUGCCACGGCGGCCGCUACCUUACGGCGUCCGACGAACCCCUUUUCCUCGGCGUCACCGGAAACAAGGUCACCCUUUCCCUCCCGGAGAACAUCAAAGAUUUGCGCAUUGAGUGGCACCCUUUCAAAGAUGGGUUUCAUCAGAUAAAAUUGCGGGCAUACGGCGGAACUUUUUUGCGGGCCAACGGCGGAGUGCCGCCGUGGAGGAACUCAAUAACGCAUGACAAUGUACCACCUCAAACGACUUCGACCAACAAUUGGAUUUUGUGGAACGUGGAUGCCGUCGAUGAGGCGCCGGAAAACGGGACACCGACGGAUUGUUUGUCGGCGGCAUCUAGCUUCUCGUCCAUCUCCAGUCAACUUUCCGGCCUCAAUUUGGGUUCCCCGAGUUCCGCACCCUCAACUUCUUCUCCAGGGAUAUCUAAGACACCUUCAAUCACUCCACCAACAAAUCCUGCAAUGGAGAUCUUCCACAUGGCUAAGAAGGUGCGGUUGGUUAGCCACCACAAAAAGUACUUAAUCGCGGACGAGGACGAAGAGUCGGUGAUCCAAGGCCGGAGAGGCGCCGCGGACAACGCACGGUGGUCGGUAGAGUACCCUGAAAAUACCAACAACCUCGUCCGCCUGAAAAGCUGUUAUGGUAAGUAUUUGACCGCUUCGAACCACCCGUUCUUGCUUGGUAUGACUGGCCGGAAAGUUCUGCAGACUUUGCCUGACCCCCUCAAUUCCUCCGUGGAGUGGGAACCUAUUAUGGAAGGCAAACUCGUGAAACUUAAGACCAGGAGCGGGAGAUUCUUGAGAGCCAACGGUGGGCUUCCGCCGUGGAGAAACUCCGUUACUCACGAUACCUCCACUCAUAAGAUGGCGGUAGAAGACUGGCUUCUCUGGGACGUUCAUGUUUUGGAAAUUGUGUCGUCCAAUCUCAGUUUAAACCCUCAUGCCGGGUCGAGCGCAUUGAGGAUUUUGCUUCCUCUUGUUGUACUUGUUGCCACCACUACUUUCGUCCCCCAAGAUAAUUACAUCAUCAACUGUGGAUCGGGAAGAGAUGCUAUAGUGGACAACAGAAACUUUCUUGGGGAUUCAGGCUUAACCCAAGGUAAAUCAAUUGCAGUGAAAACCAAGGUGAGCGCCAGUUCCAAUUUGUCUCUUCUUUACAGCACAGCUAGAGUUUUCACAGCUGUCUCUGCGCCAUAUUCAUUCAAAAUCAAGAAAUUAGGGACCCAUUUUGUGCGUUUGCAUUUCUCUCCAUUCUUUUCUGAGACCUAUGACCUGAAGAAUGCAAAUUUUAGUGUUUCGGCUAAUGAUGUUUUGCUGUUGAGGAAUUUCGGUGUCGGGUCUAAUGUGGUUAAGGAGUUCAUAUUGAUGGCUGACAAGGUAGAGCUUACAAUCUCGUUUGCCCCAACCCAUGAUUUUGGGUUUGGGUUUGUUAGUGCGAUUGAAGUGAUUUCGGCUCCGGACGAUCUCAUGGUUGAUCCGGGCAUUAAAUUGGUUAGUCCUAAUGGGAUUACGGAGUUCAAUCCGAAUGUCACCUUGCAGACCUUAGAGACUGUGUAUAGAAUUAAUGUUGGAGGGCCAAAAAUAACCCCUUUCAAUGAUACCCUUUGGAGGACUUGGGUUCCGGAUGAAGAUUUUCUUGUCUUCAAGGCUGCAGCUAAACCUGCUUCGAUUAGUCAUGUGCCGAAUUACCAAAGGGGUGGUGCCACAAAAGAGAUUGCUCCUGAUAGUGUUUACAUGACUGCACAACAGAUGGAUUGGGAAGAAGCAACUACGAAUUUCAUGUUUAAUAUAUCAUGGGAUUUUCCCCUAAGGUCUAAGGAAACUAUGGUAGACUACUUUGUUCGGUUGCAUUUCUGUGAUAUUGUUAGUUCUGCUCCAAACCAGUUGUACUUCAACGUGUAUAUCAAUGAAGUCAUGGUGUAUAAAGAUCUUGAUCUAUCUGCACUUACGUUCCACGUUCUUGCGUCACCAUAUUAUAUUGAUCUUGUGGUGAACCCUGGGAAUCGUGGGCUUUUACAAAUCAGUGUUGGUCCAUCUGAUCUUAGUAGUGUUUUGAAGAAGAAUGCUAUUCUGAAUGGAGUAGAGAUAAUGAAGAUGCUAGGUGUCGUCUCUCCGAACGCUAAGAAGACGAAAAUAUGGGUUUUUGUUGUUCCCAUCAUUGGUGGGGUGGUAGCCUUGAUGAUAAUUAUGGCAUUGCUCGCGAAAUGUAGGAAAAAGAAACCAAAGGCGAACCGGACAGAGAGUGCUGUGUGGACCCCACUAAGACAAUAUGGAGGAAGCUCUCCUGGUACGUUGUCGGAAGGGACGGGCCUUGUCCCCGUGGGCCCAAACGGAUUUUUCGGUCUGAGAAUUCAUUUUGCAGACAUACAAUUGGCCACAAGUAAUUUUGACAAGAGUCUGAUCAUCGGUACUGGUGGGUUUGGCAUGGUUUACAAGGGAGUUCUUAGAGACAACAGGAAGGUUGCUGUUAAACGGUGUGUGCCUGGUUCCAAGCAAGGCCUCCCUGAAUUCCACACUGAAAUUUCGGUUCUUUCCAAGAUUCGGCACUGCCAUCUUGUCUCACUUGUUGGGUAUUGCGAAGAGCAGUCUGAAAUGAUUCUUGUGUACGAGUACGUGGAGAAUGGGGCUCUAAAGAAGCACUUGUACGGCAGUCAAUUACCCCCACUUUCUUGGAAGCAGAGGCUGGAGAUAUGCAUAGGAGCUGCAAGAGGCCUCCACUACCUCCACACCGGUUUCUCCCAAGGGAUUAUCCACCGCGACAUCAAGUCAACAAACAUUCUGCUUGACCAAAAUUUUGUCGCAAAAGUUGCCGAUUUUGGCCUCUCAAGGUCUGGUCCGUGCCUUGAUGAGACCCAUGUUAGCACCGGUGUGAAAGGGAGUUUUGGUUACCUUGAUCCAGAAUACUUUCGAAGACAGCAACUCACGGAUAAAUCAGAUGUUUACUCGUUUGGGGUUGUGCUUUUUGAAGUUCUUUGCGCAAGACCCGCCGUGGACCCUUUGCUUGAGAGGGAGAAUGUGAAUUUGGGUGAAUGGGCAUUGCAGUGGCAGAGAAAGGGUCAGUUACAUGAGAUCAUAGACCCAAAACUUAGAGGUCAGAUUAAACCAAGUGCCCUAAAAGUAUUCGGCGACACAGCUGAGAAAUGCUUGGCAGAUUAUGGGGUUGACAGGCCAACAAUGGGGAGCGUGUUGUGGAACUUGGAAUACGUGCUUCAGCUUCAAGAGAAUGAAUCUGAGGAUGGCGAAGCCCGUCUCCCAAGUUCUGUAGGGAACCCUCCCUUGCCGCGUAGGGCUAUUUCCACUGCCAGCUCAGCAGAUAAUUGUGAUGCUGUUUCGGACAUAUCAAUCAGCCAAGUGUUUUCACAGCUGAUUACCCGUGAAGGUCGGUAGAGUUUGUUUUACCCUACACAAUUUCGAAUAAUCCUAUUUGAGGGCAACCAAUCUCUUUAAUUAGGACUAGAGAAAUGUUCACCGGGUUCUAAAGCAGAACUAUUGUGGCAAUUUGUGACAUACAUGACGCAUAACCAGCAAAGUUCCAUUUUAACAAAUGGCCUUUUAAGAG